GAGGAGAGAGUAAAUACAACAGGAGCGCAAAAUGGCGGAGCCGCCGAACCCACUGCACGGCGCCGCCGCCGCCGUCCUCUCGGAGAGGGAAGCCUUGAGCAAGCUGCCGUCUUCCUCGCGGGAGCCGCCGGGUCCUCUGUCCUCCAAGAAGGUUCGGACGGAGGAGAAGAAAGCGUCACGGAGAGUGAACGGAGAAGGGAGCAGCGGCGGCGGGCACGGCACCAGGCAGAUGCAGCCGUCGGCGGCCCCUUCGCCUCACGGCUACGGCAGCCCGGCGGCUUCUUGGGGCUUCGCGGCCCUGCCGGCCGCGUCGUCUUCUCGGAGCGCUUUCUCGCUCCCCGCCGGCGCGGCUGUGUCCACGUCGGCCUCCGUUUCUUCGUCGCCCGCGGUGCCGCGCAAAGUGCUGGUGGCUCCUGCGCUGCUGCACGCUCAGCCGCCGCCGCACCACCUCCUGCUGCCCGCCGCCGCCGCCGCCGCCGCCGCCGCCGCCGCCGCCGCCCCGGGCCCCGCCAAGCCGCGCAGGCCCAAGGAGAAGCGCGACAAGGAGAAGCGGAGGCACGCCAUCGGUGUCGGCGGGGCGGCCCGGGAGGAGAACGGGGGGCUGAAGACGCCGCCGCCGCUGCGAGAUAAAAUCAAAGAAAAAAUUAAGGAGAGAAACAAGGAAAAAGAGAGAGAAAAAAAGAAGCAUAAAGUAAUGAGUGAAAUCAAGAAGGAGAAUGGAGAUGUAAAGAUUUUGCUAAAAAGUGGGAAGGAGAAACCAAAAACAAAUGUAGAAGACUUACAAAUCAAAAAAGUAAAGAAGAAAAAGAAAAAGAAACACAAAGAGAAUGAAAAACGGAAGCGUCCAAAAAUGUGUAGCAAAUGUAUUCAGACCAUCUGUUCAGGAUUGCUGUCUGAUGUUGAAGAUCAAGAAGCCAAAGGCAUCCUAAAUGAUGACAUAAAAGAGUACAUUGGAAAAGAUUUGGAUACCAAGAACUGUGACCUUACAGUUCCAGAGAACAAUGAGUUCCCAUUCGUCUCACUGAAGGAGCCACGAGUUCAGAAUACUGUUCAACGAUUAGACACUUCGGAGUUCAAGCAGCUCAUUCAUAUUGAGCACCAACCCAAUGGAGGCGCAUCAGUCAUCCAUGCCUAUAGUAACGAACUCUGCCGCCUGUCUCCUGUGGAGAUGGAGAGAUUUGCAGAAGAAUUUGUGGGUUUAGCGUUCAGUGAAAAUGAAAAUUCUGCAGCUUUCUUUGUAAUGGGUAUUGUUCAUGGGGCAGCUACUUAUUUACCUGACUUUUUAGACUACUUUUCAUUUAAUUUUCCCAAUUCACCAGUGAAAAUGGAAAUAUUGGGAAAGAAAGAUAUAGAGACAACGACUAUGUCCAGUUUUCAUGCUCAGGUAAAAAGAACAUAUUCUCAUGGUACGUACAGAGCUGGCCCAAUGCGACAGAUAAGCUUGGUGGGAGCAGUUGAUGAAGAAGUGGGCGAUUACUUCCCUGAGUUUCUCAACAUGUUGGAAGAGUCACCAUUUCUAAAAUGCACACUGCCAUGGGGAACACUAUCUAGUCUAAAAUUAGAGAGUCGAAAAGAUAGUGACGAUGGUCCCAUCAUGUGGGUACGUCCAGGAGAACAAAUGAUACCUGUGGCUGAUAUGCCAAAGUCACCCUUCAAAAGGAAAAGAACUACCAAUGAAAUAAAAAACCUUCAGUACCUACCUCGAACCAGUGAGCCUCGAGAGAUGCUCUUUGAAGACAGGACGAGAGCCCACGCAGAUCACAUAGGACAAGGCUUUGAACGACAGACCACGGCUGCUGUUGGAGUGCUGAAGGCUGUGCACUGUGGAGAGUGGGCUGAUCAGCCCCGAAUAACCAAAGAUGUCAUUUGUUUUCAUGCGGAAGAUUUCUUAGAAGUAGUUCAACGACUGCAGUUAGAUUUACAUGAGCCUCCACUGUCCCAGUGUGUCCAGUGGGUUGAUGAUGCAAAACUUAAUCAACUGAGAAGAGAAGGCAUUCGCUAUGCCAGGAUUCAGCUGUAUGAUAAUGACAUUUAUUUUAUCCCAAGGAACGUUGUUCAUCAGUUCAAGACAGUUUCAGCUGUGUGCAGUUUAGCCUGGCAUGUACGGCUUAAAUUAUAUCAUGCUGAGGAGGACACUUCUCACAGUACAGACACACAUGACACAGGAACAUUACCAGGUCCCACAUCGUCAGUUCUUGGACCUUACACUGGCAACGUGAAUUGUGCUGUAAGAAAAACCUCCUUGGACUCUGUUCUUUCAGACAAACUUCAUUCUAAAUGUGAAUUACAGCAGAUUAAACAUGAAUCUACUGCAUCUGUAAGAAUCAAGGAAGAACCUGGGAAUGUUACUAUUUCUGAAAAGACUAAAGCAUCGAAUAAUAUAGAUGGCAAGAAUGUUAAGGCAAAAUUGGAUCAUGUUCAGUUUACAGAUUUUACGACGGACACAGAUUCUAAAUUUGAAAAUAACAAGAAGGAAUUUAAGGAAGAUUUGUGUACUGGAAAUCUCAUAAAUCUAGUUGAUACAAGGCAACAUGGCUCCAUACACUCAAAUCAAGAUAAAAGUGAUGACAUUUUGUGCUAAAUUUGUAUAUAAGAUUUAAAUAGUUUUAAAAUAAUGAUUCAUGGAAUCUGAAAGCAAGCCCGGGACUUGCUCUCAAGUCUGUUACAAAACAUAGUUUAUGUAGCUUUGUAACAUUCCUCAGUGCCUGUCCAUAACUGUGAAGCACUUAGGGCCAGAUGCACUGUAAACAUUGCAGGUUAAAACAUAAAGGAGUCUUUAAAAUGUCAUUUGAGUUGGAGUUGUAGGUUUUAGAAUACAGCUGACAUUAACAUAUAGUAUAUAAAUACAUAUAUAUAUAUAUAUUUUGUAAUAUGAGCCAGAAUUCUUUUUUUGACAAUUUCAGGCUUUUCCAUAGAGCUUAUUUAUACCAAUUUUUUUUUUCAUUUUAAAUGUGUCAGCACUGUAGUGUAAAUAGCUUUUUAAAGAUCUUUUUAGUGUGAUUUAUACUGAAAUGUGAGCCACCUAAUAAAGGUUCAUAAUAAAUAUAUUUUCUUUUGAGUUUGGAAAGAUAAAGUGACAAUUCAGUUAAAUUGUUUGAUAUGCUUCUCUCUGCUGGUAUAUCCAUUUCAAAUGGUGAUAGAGUGCAAAUGUAUGUAUUCAAAUCUAGUAAUUAUUUAUAUUCCCCACACUGUGGAUCAUUUUCAAAAUCCAGGAUUCAGUUAUGAAAGUAUAUGUGUGUUUGUGCACAUGCGUGUAUGGAAAUGUACAUAUGUAUAUCAUUUUUCACAUUUUCUUAAAUUGAUAAAUUGGGCUCAACUUCCUGGACUACAUUUCAAAAUAUUUAUAUUCAACAAUAAGAACACAAUUUAAUUAGUGGAAUUUAAGAAAACUGGGAGAAACAAGGUAUGUUGAUGAUACCUAAUCCUUUUAAAGAAGUUAUGUGGCCAGAUUCUUUAGCCCUUACAUAAAUUUUCUUUAUUAUAUAAGGAAUAGAAAUAAGGAAUACAAAUAACCACUUGUACUAUGCUUAGUAGUACCUGAGUAAAAAUGUUUAGUUGUGAGCAAUUAAAAGUCCUCUUUUACAUUUUUCUUAGCGAAUGGAAGAAAAUUGUGACAAAGACAAAAUUGUGAAUAAUGGCAAUGACAAUGACUUAACAUGUAGAGGUAUAACUACCAAAGUGAUGUUACCUUGUCUUUCUCAGGAUGCCCUCCACACCCUCCUUCACAAGGCAAACAACUUGGUGUACUUCCUCUUUAGAUAGUCCAGAAAGUCUGCUGUGGUAGGAAAUGGGCUUGCCAGUGCCUCACUAAGGACGGGUAAAACAGUCUGCUUGCUGAUGGACUUCAUUAUCUCAAACGAAGUACUUCUGUCACUAAAAGUUAAACAAGUGCUUGAUGUGUGUCAAGGUGGAUGUAAGGAACUCUACUUUCUGCAGAUUUGUUUUGCUCUUUGUUUUAUUCUCAGCCCACCCUUAUUCUGACGACUUUCUGUUGGCUUUCCUUGUGCUGCUUUUUGGGACACUGCUGCUGUUUCUUUUUCACCUCAAUGAUGGUGCCCACCACACGUUUCAUACUUCUAAUAGGAAGAAGCUGUUUAGAAAAAUGCAUUUCACCAGAACAAAUAAUUCACUGCAGCAGUGAUGUUGGUUCUGCCCCCUAGCUUCAUAAGAAGACAAAUGCAAUAGGAGAUCAGUGUGUUCAGGGGAUAAGGAAGUUCAGGGGAUGAAGAAGCUGAAAAUCAUGACAGUGUAAAUAAGGGUUUUGUUUUAUGUGUAAUCAUCAUCGCCUCCAAAGUUAAUUCUGGUUAAAGCUAAAUUUAGUGAUUCACACCUACCUUUUUGGGAUAUAAAAGUUCUUAACAAACCAGUAUUGAAAAUAGGAAGGGAUAGGGUUGAAAUUUAGUCUUUAAGCUGUAGGUAAUCUAUUUAAGAAGGUAUUUUAUUUCCAGUUUUUUCAGUAGCAUAUACAUAGACGCAUUGAGGUCCGACUUUUAAGUAAAUGUCUUUAGGGUGUCUCUCCAAAAUAUGAGCCUUAAAAUUUUAAGUUAAAAGAAGACAUAGCUAGAGCAAUUAUAGUUGUUGCUUUUAGGUAUUGUUUCUUAUGUAACCUGUAGUGAAACUUAACCCAUAAUGCAAGAAUUUAAUUGCUUUGUAAGAUGCAUACAUCUCGGUGGAGGUGUGAAGUAUAUGUAAACCGGUAGGUUUAAGAGUUCGAGAUAAAGCCUUAUUACAGACUUGAGUCAUGCUUGCGUGCCUGACCUUACGGGUUACUUUAAAAUCCUCUUCAGAUGUAGUCUGAGAAUUUACCACCAUUGUUACACACACACACCUUUAUAUUUUAAUAUUGCAUUAUUAAUAGUUUCCUAGAUAGAACAUUCCACUUCUUUAUCUGAAUAUAAAUUUUUGUUUUUAUUUCCAGUAUCUUGAACCAGAACGAUAAAGCACUUAAUAUUUAUAGUUUUAAUAUGGCCAUAUGCUGUAGAGAAUAAAUGUUAUAUAAAUUAUUAAAUUGAUACACAGACCUUUACAUGAAAACUUAGGUACCUCAGUGGUGUUUGCUAUAGUGUUUUUUCUUCUUCAUUUUCCCUAUUUUUGUUUAUAUCCUCUUAACUAAGUAAUAUAUAUUCCAUACUCAGGUUAGCAAAAGAAUUAAACAUUUUUGAUAUUUAGUUUUGAAUUUAAAUUUACUAAGCCAUAUAUUCAUUACCUUCCUUGCCACAAGACUGUUGACCUUAAAGAUUAGGUUAAUCCAGCACAAUGUGUGUGUGUGUGUGUGUGUGUGUGUGUGUGUGUGUGUGUGUGUAUGUGUGUGUAUGUGUGCAUGCGUUUGUUUCCACAAACGGGUGAUGUUAUUGAGGGUAGGAAAGAUUUUCUUUCUUAGGUCAAGCCUUUAAGGUAUGUACUUAAUGUAACUGAGAGUAAAACAGUUUUUCCCAAAUAUUAUAAUAUGGCAGGUAAGAUUUUUUUGUAAAUAAUAAACUAGUACUGUUUUGAUAAA